UUGGUCUACAGCUACCGCGUACUGGACGUGUGCCUUCCUGUUGUUGUGAGUCGAGCCACCUGGGCACGAUUCACUCUCACCUCGACGUCCUUCAGAUCUUACAUAUCACGUCCCACUCUAUUCUCGUCCUGUCUCAUACCGACCUUGCCUCUAUUCACUGCAGUCUAGGUAUUCUUCAGACUCGUCUUCUGCCAGCUCGCCUUGAGGCCGCCCUUCCAUCGUUGACGUCGUCACCGUGCUUCAUUGACAGGUAAGUUUAGCGGCCGCACUAUGGCUAGAUACGCCGCCAUACGACAGCGGCCGUAUGAUUACGAUGAACCGUACAAACCGCUUCCUCGUCCACGAGGUGGCUCAGCCGUUCCCACCACCACCAAGCAGGAAGCUUGCGGCUGGUGGGUUGGCGGCGAGUGGAUCGAGCAGCCACCUCCGAAAUCUUACAACCCCGAGCAGCGCAGCCGCUUGUCGCCCAUUAUCAUCGACAACGGUGACGACAGCGAUUGCUACGAGGUGCCCCCUCCCGCUCCCCAGACAGCCAAGGCUAGUCGAGCGUCACGAAGCGGACGCGUCUUCGACUUCAACAACAGCGAGCAAGCCCUUACCUGGGCGAUAAGGCGAGACGACAAUCAGAAGUACCAGGUGGGGUUCCCAUUUCUGUGUAAUUCAGAUCAUGAGGGUGCCUGGAGGCAUCCAGCAUAUCUUCACACCGCCACUGACAGCAACUAGGUGCGGUGCUUUGCCGAUUAUGCCGAUGACGAGCUGCUCUCAUACCUGGCGGAGAGGUCAAUCUCCAGAGGCUUUCUCCAGGAGAUCGACCAGUUUCUGUGCGGUCACCCCGAGAUUGCAAACUGCCCCGAGGGCCGCGAGACAAUCCUGCAGCUCAACACGUUGUCGCCGUU